CAUGAGUUGACAAAAUCAACUAUUAUUUGAAAAACGAGGGAGGUCUAAAUGACAAUUUUAGAGGUAUGAAUAAAAGCUCCCUUAUAACAAAUACAAAAACCAAAAGGAAAAAAGAAAAAAAAAAACAUGUUCGUUGCUGGCCUUUUUAUUGAUUCAGAGCCCCAACUGGAUUUCUAUUGGGUUUUGGCUUUGGUUUCCAAUCAGACAGAGAAAAGGAGGACGGCCUUAUAUAUAGAAUACAUAUAGGGAUCCAGUUAUAGACUAGUAACUUUUAAUAUCUAUCAGUUGAAGAAGAUCUACAGAUACUGAGGAAACAGAGGAGGACAUGAAGACGCGCAACAAAAACAAGGCAAAGACAAGGUUGAUGGACCUUCCCAUUGAAAUCCUAAUAGAAAUCCUUAAGAGACUUCCGAUAAAGUCAGUCUGCUGCAUCAGAUGCGUCUCCAAGACCUUGUCAAACAUAGUCUACUCCCCCUUUUUUGUUGAUCUGCACACUCGUUUUCUGAUCCCGACCAAUUCUCUUGCUGGAGCAGCACCUCAACUUGUGCUGCGCCAUGUUGAAUCUUAUCCUGGGAGUACUACAAGAAAAUUAACUGCUUUGGAAUCACUGAAUUACGAUGAAAGCGAAGGUAAGCUUACUCUCUCAGAGAUUUUUUCCACAUCCCAGAGGGAAUUUUAUUCCGAUGUAGCUUUUGUUUUCUAUGACUUGAUUUGCUUUAAGAAAGCAUACAUGGAUGGAAAUUGUAUCUUGAGCAAUCCUCUUUGCGGAGAAGUUCUGAGAGUCCCGACUAGUAACAUCCUAUAUACAAAAUUUGGUAAGGAUAUAACUUUCUUCGAUGAUUCUUAUGGUAUGGGAUUUGAUGAUAUAACUAGCACCUAUAAAAUUGUCCGUAUCUCUCGAAUCUAUGAAAGACCGUCGUAUUCAAAGAGCUACGUUGUAGCACAACUUCUUGUAUUAGGCACAAGCUCAUGGAGAGAGAUUCCGGUACACCCAGUCAUUUAUUGUGCUAUUCCGUGGGAUAAGAGUGUGUGUGCAUAUGGAGAUAUGCAUUGGUUGUUUGUUGAUGAAGGUGAAGCAAAAGGAGUCCACAUAGUAUCGUUUGACUUUAAAAAAGAAAAGUUCUAUUUGACUCCCAAUCCAGUCACAUCACGAAUGCCAUACCUACACUUGAUUACUUUGGGGGAAUCUAUUGCCAUUGUUGAUACUUACUUUUCAAGCAUGAAAGUGGAGAUAUGGGUGAUGAAAAAUUACAAUAAAAAAGAGUGGAAGCGAGAAUACAUCAUAAAUCAUCACAUGCUUGGAUUAGAUGUUGACUUCAGAUUUCAUAGGGCUAAUUGCGGUGAAAUGGAGUAUGGCAUGUACUUCAUAGAUGAAAAGGGUGAAAAUUUACUUUUUCUAGAUCUAAGACCUUCCUCGAUGAAAUGUGUCGCAUGUCCGAUUGGGAGGAAGAAGUGGAAUGGUCGUCGGAGAAUCUUAAGUUUGAAAAGGAGCUUGAUUUCCCUUAAAAAGUUUGGGGAUUUGGUUGAAGAGCCAGAAUCAGGCGGUCAAAGCGCAGGGGCGGAUUUAGGGGGUGGCGAGAUUGGACAGCUGCCCAACCUCGAUUUUUUUUUUCUGGUGAUGCUAUAUUAAGGCUUGGGAAGAUUUUGAGUUCUUAAAAAUGGAUAAAGAGACAGAAGGAAGAAGAUGCACUUAUAAUGUUCUUUCCAUAUUCUUUAAAACCAACCCUCAAGAUUCAAGAAGGACGCCAUAUGAAGCAGAGUCUCA